AUGCUGAACCCCAGCAAUAGUUCACGCUCCAAGGUAGACCUUUUCAUACCCGUGUUUUCGGGAUCUCACGACCUGACGUACAUUUAUCUAGGAACGAACACAUACCUGAUCGGUCGAGGGCAUCAACGGAUUCUCAUUGACACAGGUGAAGGCAAACCUACCUGGGCAUCUCAACUUCAAGCCAUACUAUCGCAAGAAAAUGCGACGGUGCACAAGGCGCUCCUUACACAUUGGCACGGCGACCAUGUCAAUGGAAUUCCAGACCUGCUGAAGAUUUGCCCCAAAGUAACUGUUUACAAACGCCAACCGGAAGAAGGACAGGAAGACAUUGAAGACGGUCAGGUCUUCAGUGUUGAAGGAGCCACUCUGAGAGCUUUUCAUACACCCGGUCAUACGGUUGAUCAUAUGGCGUUUAUCCUCGAGGAGGAAGAUGCCCUCUUUACAGGGGAUAAUGUUUUGGGGCACGGGACUGCUGUAUUUGAAGAUUUGAAAGUCUACUUGAACAGCCUGCAACGAAUGCAGAACCGGGUUGCUGGACGCGCGUAUCCCGGCCAUGGGGCAGUGAUUGAGAACGCCACCACAAGGGUUACCGAAUACAUCAAGCAUCGACAACAGCGGGAAGAUGAGGUGAUUCGGGUCUUGCGAUAUGGCGGACUGGACGUCAACGAUGAACAAUCCCCAGAAAGGAAGCCAUCCAUGUCCCCUAUUGAGUUGGUCAAGGUGAUUUAUCGAGAUGUCCCGGAAAGUCUUCACCUGCCUGCGUCGCACGGAAUCCUGCAGGUAUUGAUGAAAUUAGAGGCCGAAGGGAGGACAACCCACGACACGAAGACCGGCAAAUGGAGAUUGGUGGAUAAGUCUACACUGUGA